GUGGCUCCAUUUUUUUUUCGGCCUCUCGCGCGUGUUUCGGCUGCUGCUGCUCAUGCUGUUUCCUUUCAACUGACCCUCCAAGAGAAACUUCGGGACCACUUAAAGAAACGUGAACGCACGUGAGCUCACGAGGCGGGAAGUUAAAAUGUCCCGCGGUUCGAGCCCAGGCUUCGACCGACACAUCACCAUCUUCUCCCCGGAGGGCCGCCUCUACCAAGUCGAAUACGCCUUCAAAGCCAUCUCGCAGAGUGGGCUGACAUCUGUGGGGGUCCGGGGGACGGACAGCGCCGUGGUGGUCACACAAAAGAAAAUACAAGACAAGCUGCUGGACUCGUCCACCGUGACCAACAUGUUCAAACUCACCCCUCGCAUUGGCUGCGUGAUGACCGGGCACGGCGGAGACAGUCGCUCCCAGGUUCACCGGGCGCGAGCUGAAGCCGGAGAAUGGAAAUAUAAGUUUGGUUAUGACAUCAUGGCGGACAUGUUGUGUCGCCGGUUGGCGGAGAUCUCCCAGGUCUACACACAGAACGCCGAAAUGAGGCCUCUCGGCUGCUGUAUGAUCAUGGUGGCCGUGGACCCCCAGAAGGGUCCCGUCCUGUUUAAGUGCGACCCGGCGGGCUACUACUGCGGCUUCAGAGCCACGGCGGUCGGGGCCAAACAGGCGGAGGCCAACAGCUACCUGGAGAAGAAGCUGAAGAAGAAGCCCGAGCUGACCCCCGACAGGGCCGUGCAGAUGGCGAUAACGUGUCUCUCCUCGGUCCUGUCCCUGGACUUCAAGGCCAGCGAGCUGGAGAUCGGCGUGGUCACCAAGGAGAAACCAAAGUUCAGGAUGCUGUCGGAGGCAGAGAUUGAAGCCCAUCUGAUCGCCAUCGCAGAAAGGGAGUGAACCUCUGACCCAGGUUCAUCAACGCCUUCCAUUGCUUCGUUUAGGCCAUUUUAGCAGCAACGUGCUAAAGACAUCCGUACACAGCGGUGGAUCCAGGGAGAUUAAUCAUGCACACUCGGAGAAGAAACUCAGAUUUUAAUAUACCUUAUCAGUUUGGGCAAUUAGAAGCCAAUUUUUUCCAAUUGGGCCUUUUCAAAACCCCAAUAUACAGAAAUAAUAAAGCAAUGUUUCAAUUUUAGCGCUCACAACCAUGUUUCGUAGACAACACAAGCAACACAUUCUACCCAAAUAUACUCGUUUGAAAUACGAAGAUUUGUGGAUCCGAUUUAUUACCUGCUGUUAUUUGAAUGUGUACAGAAUAUUUGUCAUACAGCUUAUUUACUGUACGUUUUCUUACGGCAGCCUUGUCAAUCUCCCCACUUGCAAUAAAAACAUCCAUCAGA